UGCAAUGGGAAUCGUCCUAACCUCACUUUCUCUGCCCAAAAGUGCUCCCAAACAGAGAUGAAAAUCCCUCGAUUAUUCCUAUUUUCCAGUGUUAAUGCAAUAAGAAAUCACUGUAGUUAUGUCCUUCCGCGAGUGAUAAACCUAAAUAGAGUAAAAUCAGUGAAUGUUAUAUCUCAGUAUGCUUGGAAAUCGAGAAAUCUUUCGGUGUUGUCGCGGUACUACUCACAGGAUCCCGGGAGUAGUGAUCCUCCGGUGGAGAAGACACAUUGCAAUGUAGGUACGAUAGGACACAUUGACCAUGGAAAAACCACCCUCACAGCUGCAAUCACAAAGGUUCUGGAGAAAGAUGGUCUGAGUAGUUUUGUGUCCUACGACGAGAUUGAUCGGGCACCGGAAGAAAAAGCCCGUGGAAUCACAAUAAAUGCCUGUCAUGUGGGCUAUCGGACGAAAAAUCGCCACUAUGCCCAUACAGAUUGCCCUGGACAUGCGGAUUAUGUGAAGAACAUGAUUUCAGGGGCUUCUCAGAUGGAUGGAGCCAUUCUCGUGGUGGCUGCUGAUGAUGGUCCUAUGCCCCAGACCAGAGAACAUCUGCUGCUGGCAAAGCAGGUAGGAAUUGAAAAAGUAGUUGUGUAUAUUAAUAAGGCAGAUAAAGCUGAUGAGGAGAUGAUUGAAUUGGUGGAAUUGGAGCUGAGAGAGCUCCUGGAAGAUUUUAGGUUUGAUGGAAAUGGGGCUCCUGUUGUUGCUGGCUCAGCCAUGGCAGCUCUGAGUGGGGAUACUUCUCCAAUCGGAGAGGAUUCCAUUAGGCGACUACUGGAAGCUAUAGACACCUAUUUCCCAACUCCUACUCGAGACAUCACUUCACCAUUUCUCCUGCCCAUUGAUAAUGCCUUUACUGUUCCCGGAAGGGGUACUGUGGUAGUGGGCACCAUUAAAAGAGGCAUCAUGGUGAAAAAUGCCGAAGCUGAACUUUUAGGAUUUGGUGAAAAAGCCAAGACGACACUGGGAGAUAUUCAGAUCUUCCGGAAGAGUGUCCAGAAGGCUGUGGCCGGGGAUAAUGUUGGGGCUCUGUUGAGGGGCAUUAAGAUCUCCACAGUGCAGAAGGGAAUGCUGCUAUGUGCAGCUGGAAGUGAGAAAAUCUCCAAUCACUUCGAUGCUUCAAUGUAUUUACUGGCCAGGAGCGAGGGUGGGAGAUCUAAGCCACUCACGUCUAAGUACAUUCAGCAGAUGUUCAGUCGAACAUGGAAUGUUCCUUGCCGAGUGGAUUUAGUUGGUGUCCAUGAUAUGAUGAUCCCUGGGGAUCAUGGAUCUGUGCGAUUGACCCUCCUCCGGCAAAUGGUAAUGACCGUCGGACAGCCCUUCACGAUCCGCGAAAAUGGAGCUACUGUGGCCACGGGAGUGAUCACAAAAGUUCACCAAUCUGUUCAUCUGCCCAUGAAUAAGUUAUCCAAACUUCAGGUUAAUGCUAGCUAA